UAAACUGAUGGCUGAAGAAUGGCACAGCAACGCGGUUUUGAGCUUUCGGCUGAGGACGCGAAAGUUCCAUUAUGGCUCGAAGAUAUUACCAAGAAAAUCAAAGAGACGCACAUAAAAAACAACAUAGGUGAUUCCUCUUCAACAUACGAACUUCCAGGACCAAGAUAUGGAAAUACAAAAAUGGAAAACCACAGAUUUUUACGACGAACGUCGUUAGAUACGCCGAUGGAUAUGAUUUUGAAGCCCCAAAAACAACAAAUUGCACAUUCAGCUGGCACUUUACGGAGUAAUCGUAUAAAUGGUUAUACCCAUAAUGGACGAAGAAAACCAAAUGUCAACGGCAAACUUGAAUGGAGUGAUUCUACAAGCGGUGCAACAAAUGAUUUCCUCUCGGACCUUCUUCCGCAUUACGUGACGCCGCGGCACAGGGUCUUAAACAGUAAUGGCGAUGAUGAUUUUAAUGACGUCGUUUUAGGAUCACGUUUCCAUGAAGCUAACAGAAAUAACCAAAAACUUUUUUCGAACGAAGCAUCAUCAAAUGGUUCACAGCUUAUCUAUAAAAAGACUAUCACCAACGUGAACCCAAAAAAACCUACAUCAUACAUUUCAAUGCCGAGUAAAAAUGUCCAAAAGGAGAGACCUAAAACUGAAUUUAUUAUACCAGAACUACCAGAAGGGAGACUGUUAGAGAUUAAAAUUUAUUCAAACUGGGGAGACAAAUUUCUUGUUGGUUUGAAUGGCGUGGAGAUGUUUGAUUCGAAUGGUCAUCAGGUUAAGAUUGAGAAGGUCUGGACCGAUUCAGACACCGGAGAUCAUUCCAAGUACGGUCGUUUAGAGAACAUAGUGGAUGGCGUGUGUCGCACAAGGGAUGACAAAAAUGCGUGGAGCGCGUCCGCCCCUCGAGCACUACCUAUUGCAGUUAGUGUGUUGUUGACGACUUGCACUAAACUCGCUGUUUUGAGGAUAUGGAAUUACAACAAGUCACGUAUCUAUUCGAGCCGCGGUAUACGCUUGGUUCAGAUCAAGUUAGACGACCAGAUUAUAUUCCACGGUGAAAUUGCUCGUGCCAGUGGAGAGCUAGUAGGGUCGAUGCAGUGUUUUGGAGACACCAUUCUCUUCACCAAAGAUCCCAGUAUCCUCGAAUCGAUCUUGGCUAACGAUAAGAACUUUCAAGAACUUUUGAAGGACGUUGAACCACUGGCUGAUGCUUCAAUUGUUGAAAAACGUCCACCUACAGCAAAUGCGAGUAAAAACAAUUCGAGUCCUACGACAUUAGAGGAUUUUGAGAGCAACGAUCAAGAAAUUAAAUAUGUUGUGAAGAAUAUAAGGUUGACUUUAAUGUCCAAUUGGGGGCAGAAACAACUUAUUGGUUUGACAGGCGUAGAUAUACUGUGCAAUAACGAUAGAAUUGAAGUAAAUCGCGCAUAUGCCUAUUCGUUAAAUAUAAGCGAUGAUUUAAGUCCGACAUACAAAAAUUUCAUCGAAUGCAAAAGUUUAUUUAACGGUAACAAUAUUACCACGGAAGUUGGUGAUAUGUGGUGCACUAAAUUCGCCUCGGGAUCUAAAUUCUGUCAUAUCGUCAUGGAAUUUAUGGUGCCAACGGAAAUAACUAGUAUCCGUAUAUGGAAUUACAACGCAAGCAUGGAAAUGUCGUACAUUGGCGCGAAACAUGUACGCAUUUCGCUCGAUGAGGAGCCAUUACAUCAGCAAGCUAUACUACUGCGACGGGCUCCAGGCGACACGAGCUAUGACUACGUACAGCACCUCGAACUCGCUACACUAGAUGAUAGGUCAAAAAGUCAGCAUGUUUCUGACACGACUCCGGAAUGGUACGGUACACUAGAACUGAAAGUACCAACGGGCUUCGUCCUGCAAAUCAGUAUUUAUUCUACAUGGGGUGAUCCUUACUACGUCGGGCUUACUGGCAUCGAGCUGUAUGAUCCCCACGGAAAUAUGAUCAGCGUUUCCGAGUCUAAUGUAUGCGCGCAGCCAGCCAGUGUGAAUGUACUGGAAUCGCGCGGUUCUCGUGGCGUCCGUGACGUCCGCACGCCCGCGCGUCUCGUGGACGGUCAGAACUCGCGCGCGUCGCACGCGCACCACUCGUGGCUUGCACCCAUCUUGCCACAUACACUCAACAGGGUAUUUUUCGUCUUUGAUACCCCUGUUUCAGUAUACGGAAUGAAGAUUUGGAACUACGGCAAAACACCUACUAGAGGCGUGAAGGAAUUUGGGGUAUUAAUGGAUGACCUGCUGGUAUACACGGGCUCACUGGAAAUGGCCAAAGAUGAAGAGUUAGUUGCCCAGUGGAUAUGCUUACAGGACGUCGAUCUGGACAAUCUUUCACCCAGUCCGUCCGACGCAAGUCGCAGUACGACGAGUGGUAGCGCCGCCGAUCCCGCCGCCAGACCUCACACCGCAGUACAUGGGUUUACGUUUAGAAGCGAUCACGCACACUGAGCGUGAUUUUAGACGCUGCGCUAAUGAACACUCUGUCUUAGCUCCAGAUUUUCGAACUUUUCUUAUAAUGUUAACAAUAUAAUAUAAUAUUUGACGGCCGAUUGGCGCAGUGGGCAGCGA